GCCUGUCGGUGUGCGACACACAAACGACUACAAACGCAGUCACGCAUCAGGUCCAGCACGCAAGAUCUUUUUUCUAAAUCCAGCUGCACACCUUAGAGACAAUGCAUCUGUCUCAGAUUGUGCUGUAUUUGAGUUUGCUGAUUGCUUUGGGUCCAGUAGUUUUGAGUGACCAAGAGACACAGCAGCAGCCCUCCGCCACCAGCCCAGAAGAGACGGAGCAGUGCGCUACGUGCGUGGUCCGACAGCACAUUAAAACCAUGCGACUAAACGCGAUCAAAUCUCAGAUUCUGAGCAAACUGCGAAUGAAAGAAGCUCCAAAUAUCAGCAGAGAUACAGUAAAGCAGCUUCUGCCCAAAGCUCCGCCGCUGCAGCAGCUUCUCGACCAGUACGACGUGCUGGGAGAUGACAACAAGGAUCUGGUUAUAGAGGAGGACGAUGAGCACGCCACCACCGAGACAAUCAUAAUGAUAGCCACUGAACCUGACUCCAUCGUCCAAGUGAAUGGGGAACCAAAGUGCUGCCUUUUCUCUUUCACCCAAAGGUUUCAAGCCAGUCGCAUCGUUCGGGCGCAGCUCUGGGUGCAUUUGCGCCCGGCGGACGAGGUGACCACUGUGUUCCUGCAAAUCUCCCGCCUGAUGCCAGGCACAGACGGGAACAGACACAUACGGAUCCGCUCCCUGAAGGUCGACGUGAAUGCCGGGACAAGCUCUUGGCAAAGUAUAGACGUCAAACAAGUGCUGACUGUGUGGCUGCGGCAACCGGAGACCAACUUGGGGAUCGAGAUUAACGCCUUCGAUUCGAGGGGAAACGAUGUGGCCGUGACCUCCGCAGAGCCCGGAGAGGAAGGACUGCAACCAUUCAUGGAGGUGAAGAUCUCAGAGAACCCCAAGCGAGCCAGGAGAGACGUGGGCCUGGACUGUGAUGAGAACUCUCCAGAGUCACGGUGCUGCCGCUAUCCACUCACUGUGGACUUUGAAGACUUUGGCUGGGACUGGAUUAUUGCCCCUAAGCGCUACAAAGCCAACUAUUGCUUGGGGGAGUGUGAGUAUAUGCACUUGCAGAAGUAUCCACACACCCACCUGGUGAACCAAGCCAACCCCAGAGGGACUGCAGGCCCCUGCUGUACCCCCACCAAGAUGUCACCAAUCAACAUGCUCUACUUUAACCACGAAGAGCAGAUCAUCUAUGGCAAGAUCCCCGCCAUGGUGGUGGACCGUUGUGGAUGCUCUUGAGUUGGUACGGAGACCCUGACGAGAGGGAGGGGAAGAUGGAGGGGCUGUAGCUCACCCCAGCCUUCAAGUUCAGACUUGUUGACACAACCAAUCCACCAGUUCCAAUGCUUUCCUGCAGAGCAUGGUGCAUACAACCAGAAUAUAGAGGCCCAUUCUUCCCAAAGGGCAGUGCUUUCACACCCAGCAUAGCUCGUACUUUUCUUUCCUUCCUUUCCAUCCAAAUCUUAACCACAGAGGUUUGUCAUCUAAUGAAUACAGGAACACAUAUACAUGCUGGACCUUGAUGUGAAUGUAGACUGAAAUGAUCACAGUUAUACAAAAACAAAAUGUGUUUUUCCUA